AAUAGCCUAAUAGUCCACUCCAAAUUUUAUUAAACCGAAUAACCAUAUUAUCGAUUAUGAGAGGAACCUUGAAGUUGUAUCACGAUAUUGUCAACCGGAUGACGAGAUCAUACGUUUUUUGAAGUGAUCGUUGAGAACAUCAAUCUUGUGAAGAAACCAUCAAGUAUGCGACUAGAUCAUCAAUCAUGAGAGACAGGACAGUCAAGUGUAUGCUAGAACAAUCAAUUGCGUGACUAGAUAAUAAGUGUUGUGACAAAAUAUUUAUAUCAUCAGCUGUGCGUCGAAACUAUCAGUUAUCCAUUGCAAGUCAAAUCAAAUCAAAACAAAUCAUCUAUUCUAUGACGAAAUCAUCGAUUGUGUGACGAGAUCAUCACUUGCGAAACGAGAUCAGCUGUUCGAAAUGGAUGAACCUAUUCACGGAUGCCCAAACAAAUUCAACCAAACUGCGGGGAACAUGACAGACUUGAGAAUAUUCCUUGCCUACACGAUACCCAUGGUCCCUCUGGCAGUGUGUGUCAUUGUUGGUAACUCAAUGGUCAUUGCCGCGGUCUACAGGAAACGAGCUCUACGGACUCCAACCAACCUCAUUCUCACAAGCCUUGCUAUAGCUGAUCUUCUGACGGGCUUGGUAGCUUGUCCCUUGCAAAGCUUUGCUCUCUACGAAAUCUUCACUCCUCAAGCAACCACGUCCAUUGUUUUAACCCUCCCCUACGUCGUGUUCAGCGGAAUAGCCUUUCUCCAUAUUGUAGCUGUGACGGUUGAUCGUCAUAUCGCGAUAACGAGACCACUACGUUACGCGGGCUUGGUGACGCACAAGCGCGUCGGUCUUGGGAUAGUUUUUAUGUGGGUGCUUUGUGUGGUCGGGCUCGCCAUUCGUACUACCGUCUCUGUCGUGAGAAACAGAAGUGAUGGCUGGGCGAUUAUUUGUGAAGCGGAUGAAUUCGAAACACCACUAGCACGAGUCCAGACCUGGUCCAUCCUUGCUUUCAUCUCCGUCCUGACUCCCUUGCUCGUCGUGUUUAAUAUCAGAAUCCUGUACAUUGCCAUGAAGCAGUCCAAAGCCAUUUCUGGCCAGAGAGAUGCCUUAGAGAAUCUUGGACAUCCAGGACUGCAGGAUGGUCGACUGAAGGCAGUCAAGACAACCGCAAUGGUCGUCGGUGUUUUUCUCAUGUGUUGGAUACCAAUCUACGGCUACUUCGUGGUCCAACUGGCUAAUAUCGGUGGUAUCAUCUUUCGAGAUGUCCUCGCAGUGGCUGGUCUUCUGUCAGUCGUCUUGAGUUCCGCUGUAAAUCCGUGCAUUUAUUGCUACAGGGAUCGAGAAUUCAGACGCGCAUUCUUGUGCAAAUCUAUUCGAAGUUCGAAAGACAACAUUUCCAGGCCGCAACACAUCAAUGAAUCGUCAGUGUUUAACUUUAGUAAACGUAGCUCCCGAGCUCUAGGAGCCGUUGCAGAUACCGAUGUAAAUUAUAACUGUCUUGCUCUGGUUCAGACGAAUGCUACUGAUAACUUAAAUGUUUAA